AUGCUUGUUAAAUGUGUAACUAGUCGUUUUUAUAUUGAUGCUUUACGUGGUUUGAUUAAAGCUAAUGUAACAUCUUUAAAUGUUACUGAACAUUUUCUUCUUGUUACUUGUCCAAACUAUAUUAUUACUUGUGAUACAGAUAAAACUCACUCUUCAAAAAUAGCUAACAAAAUAUUAGAUCGUUAUGAUGGACUACUUUCUGAUUUUCUUCCUCAUAUUAAACAAUGGACAACAUCAGUUAUGUUAUGUUUAUUUUAUCCAAUAAAAUUUGUUUUAUCAUUUAUUCCAUCAUUACCAUAUGAACAAAGAAAACCUAUGUAUGAUAUUAUUCUAAUUAUACUUCUGAAUACGUCAACAAAAGAUUCACAUGCUGAAGGACCACGUAGUAAAGUCAUUUAUACGUCACUUUGUUUAUUGAUUGAAAUGAUUCGAUGUGAUAGAAUUUUAUUAAAUGACUUAAAAAAUAAAAGCGAUGCAAAAACUGAUCUAAUCAAAAUAUUAAAUGAUUUAUCAAAAAAUGAAAGUAACGAACAAAUACAAUUAAAAGCAAUAGAAUUAACCUCAUUAUUAGUAUCAGAAGAAGAAUUUCGAAAAGAAAACAAUACAGAACAAGUAACUGGACUCUUUGUUAAAAAUUUUAAUGCUGCCCUUGAAGAUGGAAAAACUAACAAAGCCGAUGAAGUUUUAAAAGGACUUGCAGACUUGGUACAAAAUGAAGAUGUUAAAGAAGAGGUUAUUAAACAAAAUGCAUUACCAUCAAUAAUAAAAUUUGCAAAAGAAACAAAUGAUAAUCCAGUACCAUUAGAAAUAGUCUUUGCAAUGACAUUUAAUACUGAGGCAAAAAAAAUGAUUCGUGAAGAUACAGAAUUUGUCGAUCAUAUAAAACAAUUACGUGAUUCUGAAAAAAAGGAUGUUUCAAAAAUGGCACAUGGUAUUAUGUGGAAAAUGGAAGAUGAAGAAAAAUUUAAACAAAAAGAAGAAGAAAAAAAGAAACAUCAAGUAGAAACAUCAAAAGAGAGCCCUGAUACAGAAUCAAAACCAUAUGAUAUGAUGAUUUCAUAUUGUUGGGCACAACAACCAUUAUGUCAUAAAAUAAAUGAUCGUUUAGAACAAGAUGGUUAUAAAGUUUGGUUAGAUAGAGAUGAAAUGCGUGGAUCAAUUAUUGAAUGUAUGGCUGAAGCUAUUGAACAAUCACGAUUUGUACUUAUUUGUAUGUCAAGUAAUUAUAAGAAGAGUACGAAUUGUAAAGCUGAAGCUGAAUAUGCAUUUAAUCGAAAAAGUAAAAUAAUUCCACUUAUUGUUGAGCCUGAAUAUAAGGCUGAUGGAUGGUUAGGAUUUUUGGCUGGUUCAAAAAUAUAUAUUGAUUUUGCUGAUAAAGAAGGAGAAGAAUUUGAUAAAUCAUAUGACUUACUAAUAGAAGAACUUAAACGAAAUGGAUUGAACAAUACCGAUAAAGGUAAAGACAAUACAAUCACUGGUGGAACUGCAGCUGAAACAGGAUCUAAACAUGAAGAAACCGAAAAAUCUGAAGAACUCAAAACAGAACCUGAAGAACUUUGUUUUGAAACAAGAGAAUAUUUAAACUUUCCUUUAGCAUCAAUGUGGAAUGAACAACAUGUCAAGGAAUUUUUAACUGAUAAUAAACUUGAUCAAUUAAUACCUAUUUGUGAAUCGAUGGAUGGUGAAGCAUUAAUUGAAUUUCGUCAUUCCUGUGAAGCAAAACCUGACAUAAUGUAUGGAUUACUUAAUAAUCCGAAAGAAGAGCAUCCAUUAUCAUUUGGUACUUUUUUUAAGUUUAUUGCUAAAUUAAAAAAAUAUUUACCACAAAAACCAGCACGUAAACUCUAUUUUCGAUACAACUCUAUUGAUUCAUCAUUGGAUACAAAUGAAGCAACAACUACAGAGAAAGAAAUCAAUUAA